UGACGACAGCGGGCGCGGGGCGGGGCGAGGGCUGCGGCGGUGCAGUCGGGACAGUGCACACGUUGCACCUCUGACUUGCGGCGAUUUGGGCGACGCGGCCGGCCGAGCUAGGACGCCAGGCGCCAGUGCAGGAUGGCGACGCUGUGCCUCACCGUGAAUGCGGGAGCCCCGCCUCUAGAAGCCUUGCUGACGGCAGAGCAUGUGAAAGGUGAUGUCAGCAUUUCUGUGGAAGAAGGGAAAGAAAAUAUUCUUCGUGUUUCUGAAAAUGUGGCGUUCGCGGACAUUAAUUCCAUACUUCGCUACCUGGCUAGAGUUGCAACGACGGCUGGGCUCUACGGCGCCAACCUGAUGGAACACGCGGAGAUUGAUCACUGGCUGGAAUUUAGUGCUACAAAAUUGUCUUCAUGUGACUUAUUUACUUCUGCAAUCGACGAGCUUAAUCAUUGCCUGUCUCUGAGAACAUUCUUAGUUGGGAACUCCUUGACCUUAGCAGAUUUUUGUGUCUGGGCCACCCUAAAAGGAAGUGCUGCGUGGCAGGAAGAGUCGAAGCAAAGCAAAGGCCCGGUGCACGUGAGGCGCUGGUUCAGCUUUCUCGAGGCCCAGCAGGCUUUCCAGUCGGUCAGUGCCAAGUGGGGCAUUGCAGCCAACAAGGCCCGGGUGGCACCUGAGAAGAAACAAGAUAUUGGGAAGUUUGUGGAGCUGCCAGGCGCAGAGAUGGGGAAGGUCACCGUGCGCUUUCCCCCAGAGGCGAGUGGUUACUUACACAUUGGGCAUGCAAAAGCUGCUCUCCUGAACCAGCACUACCAGGUUAACUUUAAAGGGAAACUGAUCAUGAGAUUUGAUGACACAAAUCCUGAGAAAGAAAAGGAAGAUUUUGAGAAGGUUAUCUUGGAAGAUGUUGCCAUGUUACAUAUCAAACCAGAUCAGUUUACUUACACCUCAGACCAUUUUGAAACUAUCAUGAAGUACGCAGAGAAACUAAUUAAAGAGGGGAAGGCUUAUGUGGAUGAUACUCCCGCAGAACAGAUGAAAGCAGAACGUGAACAGAGGGUGGAAUCCAGACACAGAAACAACUCUGUUGAGAAGAAUCUACAAAUGUGGGAAGAAAUGAAGAAAGGGAGCCAGUUUGGUCAGUCCUGUUGUUUGAGAGCAAAAAUUGACAUGAGUAGUAACAAUGGGUGUAUGAGGGACCCCACCCUUUACCGCUGCAAAAUUCAGCCGCACCCGAGAACCGGGAGCCGAUACAAUAUUUAUCCCACGUACGAUUUUGCCUGUCCCAUAGUCGACAGCAUCGAAGGGGUCACUCAUGCCCUGAGGACCACGGAGUACCAUGACCGGGACGAGCAGUUUUACUGGAUUAUUGAAGCUCUGGGCAUAAGAAAGCCGUAUAUCUGGGAAUAUAGUCGGCUGAAUCUCAAUAACACAGUGCUGUCCAAGAGGAAGCUCACGUGGUUUGUCAACGAAGGGCUGGUCGAUGGCUGGGACGACCCCAGGUUCCCCACGGUGCGUGGCGUGCUGCGCAGAGGGAUGACGGUGGAGGGGCUGAAGCAGUUCAUCGCUGCCCAGGGCUCCUCACGUUCAGUUGUGAACAUGGAAUGGGACAAAAUCUGGGCAUUUAACAAAAAGCUGCGAGCUCUCUGUAAGAAGGUCAUUGACCCUGUGGCCCCGAGGUACGUGGCACUGCUGAAGAAGGAAGCAGUCCCUGUGAACAUCCCCGAGGCACAGGAGGAGAUGAAGGAGGUGGCCAGGCACCCAAAGAACCCCGAGGUGGGCCUGAAGCCUGUGUGGUACAGCUCCAGGGUCCUCAUCGAAGGGGCCGACGCGCAGACGCUCGCAGAGGGGGAGACGGUGACCUUCAUCAAUUGGGGCAACAUCAGCAUCACUAGCAUACACAAAAAUGCAGAUGGAAAAAUUGUAUCUCUUGAUGGAAAAUUGAAUUUGGAAAAUAAAGACUAUAAGAAAACCACUAAGAUCACUUGGCUUGCGGAGACCACACGGGCUCUUCCUACCCCCACGAUCUGCGUCACUUAUGAGCACUUGAUCACCAAGCCGGUGCUAGGGAAGGAUGAGGACUUCAAGCAGUACGUCAACAAGAACAGCAAGCGUGAGGAACUGAUGCUGGGAGAUCCCUGCCUUAAGGACUUGAAGAAAGGAGACAUUAUCCAACUCCAGAGGAGAGGCUUCUUCAUCUGUGACGAGCCCUACGAGCCCACAAGCCCAUACAGUUGUAAGGAAGCCCCCUGUGUUUUGAUAUACAUUCCUGAUGGACACACAAAGGAAAUGCCAACAUCUGGGUCAAAGGAAAAGACCAAAGGAGAAGCCACAAAAACCGAGAUGAGUUUACCGCCUGUGAAUAAAUCUGGUGCCAGCUCUGAGGAUCCGCUGGUCCUUCACAAAAGAGUUGCUGCCCAAGGGGACAUGGUACGUGAACUAAAGGCCAAAAAAGCAGCCAAGGAGGACAUAGAUGCAGCGGUGAAGCAGCUUCUGGCUUUGAAAGCUGAAUACAAAGAGAAGACUGGCCAGGAAUACAAGCCUGGGCACCCUCCUGCCGCGGGGGCGCAGGACGUUUCCUGUCGGUCACUGGCCACCGUUCAGGAAAGCAGGUCUCUGUACGACAAAGUCGCCGUGCAAGGGGAGCUGGUUCGCAAGCUGAAGGCGGAAAAGGCCCUGAAGGCUAAAAUAAACGAAGCCGUCGAGUGCUUACUGUCCCUGAAAGCCGAGUACAAAGCGAAGACCGGGAAGGAGUACGUGCCUGGCCAGCCGCCGUCGGCUGUGAGCUCUGAGGCCCGGCCAGCUGGAAGCUGUGAGCCCGCCGGCCCCGAAAGCCUGGAAGCCAGGGCCCUGUAUGACCGGGUCGCUGCUCAAGGGGAGGCGGUUCGGAAGCUGAAAGCUGAGGAGGCGCCUGCGGAUCAGGUGGAUGCCGCUGUGCAGGUGCUGCUGCAACUGAAGGCUCAGUACAAGGCCCUGGCAGGAGUGGAGUAUAAGCCUGUGUCUGCCACUGGGGCUGAGGACAGAGGCAAGAAGAAGAAAGAAAAGGAAAAUAAAUCUGAAAAGCAGAAUAAACCUCAGACGCCGAAUGGCAGCCACGGGAAAGACUCUUCGAAAAGCCAGGGGAGCGGGCUGGCACCCAGUGGCGCAGGGGAGGGGCAGGGCCCCAAGAAGCAGACGCGGUUGGGUCUUGAGGCAAAAAAAGAAGAAAAUCUUGCUGAUUGGUAUUCUCAGGUCAUCACCAAGUCGGAGAUGAUCGAGUACUACGAUGUGAGUGGCUGCUACAUCCUCCGGCCCUGGGCCUACUCCAUCUGGGAGUCCAUCAAGGCCUUCUUUGAUGCCGAGAUCAAGAAGCUCGGUGUGGAGAACUGCUAUUUCCCCAUCUUCGUGUCUCAGAGCGCGCUGGAAAAGGAGAAGACUCACAUCGCUGACUUUGCCCCUGAGGUGGCUUGGGUUACGAGAUCCGGGAAGACAGAGCUGGCGGAGCCCAUUGCCAUUCGCCCGACCAGCGAGACAGUCAUGUACCCCACGUAUGCAAAGUGGGUGCAGUCUCACCGGGACCUACCCAUCCGGCUCAACCAGUGGUGCAACGUGGUGCGCUGGGAGUUCAAGCACCCGCAGCCCUUCCUGCGCACCCGGGAGUUCCUCUGGCAGGAGGGGCACAGUGCUUUUGCGACCUUUGAAGAAGCAGCAGAAGAGGUCAUGCAGAUCCUCGAGUUAUACGCGCGAGUGUACGAGGAGCUCUUGGCCAUCCCGGUGGUCAGGGGUAGGAAGACAGAGAAGGAGAAAUUCGCAGGCGGAGACUACACGACCACUGUGGAGGCUUUCAUAUCCGCCAGUGGCAGAGCCAUCCAGGGAGGGACAUCGCAUCAUUUGGGCCAGAAUUUUUCUAAAAUGUGUGAAAUCAUCUUUGAAGACCCCAAGAGCCCCGGAGAGAAGCAGUUUGCCUACCAGUGUUCCUGGGGCCUGACCACACGCACCAUCGGCGUGAUGGUCAUGGUCCACGGCGACAACACCGGCUUGGUCUUGCCGCCCCGGGUGGCCGCCAUCCAGGUGGUGAUCAUCCCCUGCGGCAUCACAAAUGCGCUGUCUGAGGAGGACAAGGAGGCGCUGCUGGCCAAGUGCGAGGACUAUCGCAGGCGGCUGCUGGGUGCUGACGUCCGCGCCCGCGUGGACCUGCGGGAGAACUACUCCCCGGGCUGGAAGUUCAACCACUGGGAGCUCAAGGGAGUCCCAAUCCGCCUCGAAGUUGGGCCCCGAGACAUGAAGAGCUGUCAGUUUGUAGCCGUCAGGCGAGACACCGGUGAAAAGCUGACUGUGGCUGAGAGUGAGGCCGAGCCGAGACUCCAGGCCAUGCUGGAGGAGAUCCAGGCGCACCUCUUCCAAAGGGCUCUUGAAGACCUUAAGACCCACAUGGUAGUGGUGAAUACGAUGGAGGACUUUCAGAAGACGCUGGACGCUGGGAAGAUUGCACAGAUCCCCUUCUGCGGGGAGAUCGAGUGUGAGGACUGGAUCAAGAAGACUACUGCCAGGGACCAGGAUCUGGAGCCCGGGGCGCCGUCCAUGGGAGCGAAAAGCCUGUGCAUCCCCUUCCAGCCGCUGCAGGAGCUGCCACCCGGGGCCAGGUGUGUGUGCAGCAGGAACCCCGCCAAGUUUUACACACUGUUCGGCCGCAGCUACUGAGGACGACGCAGAGCUCCUGCUCUCCGCACUUUUCAAACAGCUGACAACACUGUCUUCUCAGAUGCAGAGUGUUUCUGCUAUUUUUAAAUAAAACUUCUAAAAGGAGGUCACACGAGAUAGCUAUUCUUACGCCUAAGUUCAUGGUGGAAAAGACUUUCCUGUAAACUCCCCAGCAAUAAAUAUUAUGAACUAA